AUGUCCAGUGAUGCAUGGGCCAUCUUGCGACAGCUAGAAAGCAAUGAUCUGAGCAUAUGCGCAGCUGCAUUGAAGUCUGUCGAGCUAUGUCUAGCUUGCCGAAUCAGCAUCAAGGGCAAAGAGAAAGCAAAGUUCGGCUCCGAAGAUGUUGCUACGCUUUGGCACCAGCUUGCAAGCAGCGACUUCUCCACACUGUUCGGUCUGUGGCAGAGCGGCCUGCAUGCAUCCCAUACUCAAGUCACCCUGCUUGCGAUGCGCUGUCUCUGCAUCGUUGUCAAAGUCGAGAACAAACGCCGUUUGGCAGUCGAUGAGGAUCCAAUGGGCCCCGUCGUAGCCUCGUUCAUGCAAUCGCAUCUCACCAAACUCAGCAGGAGCUUAUCUACAGGCCGGCUCGACCUCAACAUAGUCUGCACAGAGCUCUGUCAUGCGCUCGUCAAUUGCGCUGGAGUAUCUGUCCGCAAGCUGUGGAGUACUAUGGCUUUGGAUAGCAAGAGACUUGCUUUAUUGCUCAGCACUAGGCGCAAGACCCCUCACAAAGAUCCCUUGGCCAAUCCCGACCUACGAAUGCUCACUCUGGCGUUCUUGCUGCGAGUGCUCGCAAGAUCUAGCCCAGGCUUAAAGACAGAAAUCCUAUCGCUGAAGGGUCUCUCUUCGAACGUCUUCAAAUUUCUGCCAGACGAUCAUGUUGCUAUCGUCGGCAAAGUUCUGGCCACAAUGUUUGAGACCGUCAUACUAGACCCGGCCGUGAGAUACGAUACCAAGUUGGGCGUCAUCCAGGAUAGUAGAGAAAGCUGCGCAGCACUUUUGGCGCGAGACCAGCCAGAGCGAGUCGUCGGAGGUAUUGAUAUUGUUCCGGCAGAAUCGGUUGAACGCUUCCUGCUAGCGAAUGUUGCCUGGCUCGCUUCGCAAAGGCCAGCAAAAAUUGGGCAUGGCCCUUCUGCGGGUGCAGUACGCAAGACGCUCAGCAUGCUUGCGCAAGCCCUGUCAAAGAAUCGCCUUGGCGAUGAUCGCGCCGAGAGUAUCAUCACAGCUGCGCUGCAGGACUCUGAUGCGCUUCGAGCUGGCUAUUGGUCUCGCCUUGCACCUGGCCUCGAGCCAAGGCCCUCGUCUCGCUGGAUCAUCAACGUAGGCUUCGCACUGCGCAUACUGAUGUUACCACUUGCUCUCAAAGACGGAGGCAGCGGACCGCAAACCGUUAUUUUGGACGCUACUAUUCCGCCGCAACUUGGGCGAGCGUACUUCGCAAAAAGUUUUCAGCAUCCCAGUGGCAUUGUCAAACUCUUGAGUGCCCAGCUACUGCUCGCGUGCGCACAGGCCUGUCAGCGCAGACUGUCUUCGCUCGACGCGUCAGCGCGCCAGCAAUUCAGCCUCGAACUCGGCCAGCGUUUGCCCGAUCCCCAGGUCUUGCUCGGUAUGCUCUCAAAGUAUCGUCAAUCAGACCCUGUACGCCAGACGACCAGCAGCGAAGACGAGUCGCUGCUCGCUAAUGCCAUCUUGCGCUGCCUCUGUACCUAUCCCCAUGAGCUUUUACGCGGAUUGCGCUUCGAUUCGGCCAAGCUGCUUGACACUGCAUCGAGCCCACUCUCAGCCCUGAGUUCGCAACACGCUAUGACAUACAUGGCACAGUCGUCGCCAGCACUGGUCAGCCUUUAUGGCGCGACUGCCACUCGAAGCAGUCCUUUCAGCCAACUUGCCGAGCUUGCGGCUGCUGAAGCUUCUUCACCCAUGCAGACAAGCGCAUUGCGACUGCUACAUCUUGUCCUAGGACGUAGCGAUGCCUUCUCCAGUUCACUCGACGAAGUACGCAUAUGGCUCGCGGCACUGUCUAGCAUAAGCAAGGACGGCGAUACCAGCCGACGAGCCGUCAUCUGCUUUCUCGACGGUUGCAUAUUGCGUUGUAGUCGUGAUCACCUCAAAUACUUGACCAAGAUGCAGCAGACUGGAGAGGACGAUAUACCCCCAGCAGCAUCUGCGACCACCAGUGUCUGCCCUUUACUAGGCACUUGCGUCGAGCAGCUCCGCUACCACCUGGACUGCCCCCAUGCACUCGUCAAAUAUCUCUCAGAAGUCCUGUUCGGCUAUCGUCGGCUCGUGUACGGCAACAGAGCUUUGCGACCGGUCCUGAAGCUCCUCGACGACUUGGCGCCGGCUUCUGGACCAGUGGCUGACCUGAGCAAGCUGGCAAACGUACUUUUCAGCCGGUCCUCUGAACCCAGCGAGCCCUUCGUCUGCAUAACAAGCGCUCUCGGUAGCUUCGCUUGGACGAUCAACGGCGUUCAUCAUGGAAUGGGUAUCCAACGAGAUUGGUCUACUCUGCCGGCAGAGACUCGCGCUUUGCUUGCGAUACAACUAAGCUGUACCAUGCCAGUCAAAAGUAAGCAUGUCAAAGACGCAAUCAAAUGCUUGGCAGCCUUGCUGCACCCUGAUAUUACGCUAGAUGCGACCGCAAGACUGCAAAUAUUUGGACAGACGGGCAUGCUCUUGAUGCUUCCGACCAUGCAGGCUACGGACAUUCUUGCCCUGUGCCAUACGGUAGCACAGCAGCUGGACAAGACUUGCGACGCUGACCGUGCUGUCGCCACUGUAUACUGGCAACAGUGUCACAUGCUCGGCCACGAGGUCCCUCAACUCUUGCCCAUGAUUGCAUCAGACGCACUGAUUGGCUACAUCACCAGCUGUGAAUCUGCUGACCAGCUGCUCUCUGCAGGCACUCUCGAAGCGCUGGCCGCAUCAGUCGAGGUGCCUGCGGUGCGAUCGUUCCUACAAGACUGGUUUCAGCUGGUCAGCGCCUCAAAGACCGCACACUCGUCGAUCGCCGUAGAGACAAUACUACUUGCGGCUUGUCAAUCCCUUGCUUUCUCAUUACCUACGAGGCUCGCAUCGCACGAGCGACAAGCACAAGCAGAUCUCGCCAAACGAUGGACCGAACAUCUGCUGCUCCAGGCCCCUCGGGCGAGUACGAGACUAGCACUUGCAGCCUUAAUCGGCGUCAGUCAGCCCGCGACAGAGCUUGUCACUGCAUCGAUGCUCAAUCAAAGUGAAGGUGGCAGCGAGAUGCUGCCUCUAGCGCGCGCGCUGCUCGCACAGCGUCCUUGGCUCCGCCACAAGACCCAGCAGCGGCUCAGCCAGGAUUCUCCUCUGUUGCGCUCUGCUAUUUACUCGGCCAUCGACGGUGUGUGUGACGGUUCGUCAGCCGAUGCACUCACCUUUUGCUUGGCAUUCUGGCGCGAAUUCCCGAUUCUGUCGGCGGAUGUGUGCACAAAGCUAGUCGACGCGAUCGCAUCAUGUGACAUUGCAACAGCAGCUGAGCCGCUGGCCAUCGUGCUCGGCUCACUUGCGCACAACGUCCCUUCGCAGGUCGGAUCCCUACUGACAGCGUAUCUUCAUCGCGCGAGCCAGUGGCUCACUCGUCAGUACGUCGAGACAGCAGAGGACUCCUCGGCAACGUCGAAACUCACCGUCAGUCUGCUGCGCGAGCUCGAUCAGCUGCCAGACCAUUACUUGUUUAGCGGACCGAGCUGUUUGCCGCUUCUCUUGGCCGUUGCAAGCCAUCGGAUCGCAUCAUCCGCACCCGUAGCGCUAGCUACGUGUAUCGCUCGACGUGCGCAGAUCACAGCCAGCGACGCUCUCAAUGUGUUCAAGACUGCCGUUUCGCAACCGACAUUCAAGGCCGCCUGUCGACCAGAGCAACCAACGCGAGGCUCACUGAUUGCUUUGCUAUGUGCUCUUGUAUCAGCUCAUCCAGCAACGCUUGACGACGCCGAAGUCGCUAGCGUGCUCGUCAGCCUUUACGAUGCCCGGAUCUCCCCAGCUGGCCGUGCCAUCCUAGAAGUGCUUCGCCUCACAGAAAGAAAUCGCAUGCUCAGCCUUCGCCCUGCGCUCUUGAUGUGGACUCCGGAUGUGGGCAUGACUAGCUCGUCAUCUUUACAGAGUCUGCUGGGGCUGGAUAGAAAAGGCAUGCGUGCAGCGUUCACGCAGACUUUGGGCGGCAAGCAGAGCAUGGACCCGACUGCUUAUGAGCCUGUCUUCAUCCUGGCUUUUGCAGUCGCAGCCCUAGAGGAUUCAGAGCUAAGCGCCCGCGAUUGGAUUGGCCUCGCCAGCACAUGCCUUUUCGGUCUUGCUAUCUGCGCACUCGCUAGCCCGCGAAAGCCAGACAGAAUGUUGGGAGAUCGAUUCCUUGCAAGAUGCCGUUUGCGCCUUCAAGAAGCAGAAUUCCGAGAACAGCCAGAAUUGCUGCUCGUGUUCGAGCACGCGAGUCAUCUCUCCGACACUCCUCGGCCUCCCGGACUGCUCGCUCUCUUCCUCGCGAAGGCAGUUACUGUCAUAGCAUCUCCAGGUUCUUUCCUCUACCCAGCAAUGAUGCGCUUCUUGCUGCAGCGAGCGAUACUGUCUGCUGAUGAUGUGCCAUUAUUUUAUCCGCUCUUAUUCUCGACAAGCGAGAAGCCAGAUCGAGACGCGGCAUGGCUACAGGACUUUUUGACAGAGGGCUUGCACUCGUACCCAGAUUGGCACGCGCUGCAAAGGCGUUCAGGCUUUGAUCUGCUUGCAUCCUUUGGCAGUAUUGCUUCGCCCGACUCUCGACGGAAGACUGUACAGCUUGUCUUGCACGCUAGCCACUCAAAGCGCGUCGCUCUCGAACUCAUACAACGCAGAACCAUCACAGCCUGGCUGCUGCGUCAUCCUGACGAGGAUCUCGACCUGAAGCUUCAGCUCGCUUGCAAUCUGGUUGACGGCGCGCGAGCUAGAUCUUCUCGCGCAACCGGCUGGGUGCACGACAUCAUCAGUCUAUCCAGCCAUGCUGAGCCUGCAGAGAGAGCAAUCUUGCUGCGCAAAGUGACUCUACUGCUUGACCAGUCAAGUCAAUCACGUACGGCGGACCUCCCGGCAGUCCCUCUCAUAUCCGCCUUGCUUGCUGCUUUGCGCGGCUUCUUGCGACUCUCGCUAGACGAGAUGACAGCGGCAGCAGUCCGCGAUGCGUGUCUUCGAGCAGGGAUGCUCAGCUCGCACGCCGGCUGCGAUCUAGUGCUUCUGAUCGACGUGAUGCCGCUCAUCGCUUGGCGACCCAGCACGCGCGCCGCUAUAGCCGAGUCGGCGAGAUGCCCUCUAGAGCCGCGACGGUCUGACGACCUGACCUAG